CCUGUUUGACACCCCCCUCUUCCAGUUGCUCAAAGGGAGUGGCUGGGUAGGGAAUUAGGGUUAGUGUAUGUUUAUAGUCAUUGUCAUGCCAAGGGCUGUAUGCAAAUUUCGCCAAUGUGGGGAAUCACAACUUGGGGGCACAUAACGUAAAAAUAUACCCCUUUUCUCCUGAAAGAAUUGACUGCGCGUGCUCGAGAAAUCGAAACUGCGAAAUAAUGGGGGGAACACUUCGUCCGCACUCCUAGCUAGUAGUAUCGAUAUCAUAAGUAGAAAUCGAUGUUUAUAGAAACCCAUUCCACAAACGUACGAGUUCUAAGCAAAUUAUUUUGCAAUAGUAUGAAUCAAAAAAAAAAUGUAGAUCCUUUUCUUUCUGAAAAUCGCAAAUCUUAUCCUCGUUCAUUUUUCUUUGCUAAAUUUAAAAUGGCCUUAUAUUUCUUGCCAACGUCAAGAGGAGGAAAAAAUCUAAUAUUAGAUAAUGAAAUCUAUUAUCUAAAAAAUAGAAAAAAUGAAUUUAGCUAUUGGCGAUGCCGAAGAUUCCAACACUCUUGUCCGGCGCGUGUAACGUUAGUAAAUGACGUUUUAAAAACGCGUGUCGGACAACACAACCACGAGUCCGCUGAGGGGCUAAUUGCUAAAAAGGAAUUUGAGGAAAAUUUGAAAAAGAGAGUUGUGGCUGAAGGGACGACGCCUAUCCCAAAAAUUUACAAUAAUGAAAUUGGAAAAGAAGCUACCUCUGUGGAAAAUGCUGCCAACAUUCCAUCGUAUAACACGAUAAAAAACAGACUUUAUAAGGCAAGACACGAGAUGAGGCCUGUUUUGCCUAAAGCCAUAGAAGAAUUACUUCUAACUGAAGAAUGGUGCAGGAUCAAGGAGAAUAAUUUCUUGCUUGUGGAUGAUGGAAGCGGAGAUGAAAGAUUUUUGGUAUUCUGUACAGCUGAGAAUUUGAAGUUGUUAUGUUCAUCUCAUAAACUGUGGAUGGAUGGAACAUUUAAAAUUGUACCACGGUUGUUUAAACAACUGUACACUAUCCAUUCACGGUUUAUGGAAACUCAAUUUUUUUUAUUUAAUGUCUCUUUAAUUAUUCAAUUGUAACUACCACUAAAACUUACAUUUCAAAUUAUUUAUAUUGAAAAAAAAAACAUACUUUGCAUUCCCUUUCAACAGAAAAAUAGUAUGCUAUAAAAAAUUGUUAAUUUCAAUCUUAUUUAAUAAAAUUUUGAAUUUUAUUAGUCAUUACUUUUUGCAUUUUCAGUUACCAGUGACAACCCUGUAGCCCUUUUUUUUUUAAAUAUCUUUUAACAUAUUCACAUCUAAACUAUAAAGCUGAAUUACCUUCGUCAAGAACCAGAGAGCAAACAUAUCAUUUGAUUUCAGGAUUUUCAGAGUAUUAGAAUUAAUUUCAAGUUUUUAAAAACAGCUUUAUCAAAUUAAAAUUGGAUUUAACCAACAAAAGAAUUUUGUGUACAAUUUUUUAAUAAUUUAUACUUAUAAAUUUAAUUUCAUAUACAUUAAAACAAGCUGUCAUUUUUACAAUAAUAUUUUGGUUUGAUUACCUUGGGGCAGAAAGAAUUCGUUACAUUGACCCUGCAAAUUCUGUUGCCAGAGGUCCUAAAAAAUAAUCUUUAACAACUUGUUAUUUUAUAUAUUAAAAAACUGCUUCAAAAAUUUAACCAAUUUAUUAUUUUACCAAUAAAAAUUCAUUAUAGGUUCAAAGACUUGGCCUAGUAAGGCACUACAGAACUGAUGAGCAUAUAAGAAGGUG